AUGCAAAACAUAAACGCCUCCUUUUUACCUCCUUCACAAUAUGUUCUUCCUCAUCAACAAGAGAAAGAACCUCACAAUAAGAUUGUGGAUGAGAGUAGUACUACAACCACUCUCGAAUAUGUACCAAAUCACAUCAAUUCUUCAUCCCAAAUUGAAAGCACUGAACCUUCCAUUUAUUUGAUGAGCAGUGGUGAUCGAGAUAGUCAUCAGGAACCACCACCUCCUCCAGAUCAAAUCGAUGAAAACGAAAUUGAGGAAGGAAUUAACGUCUUUGAAUCACCCCUCGAGCAAGAUAUUUCAAAAGAAUGGCCUCUUGUUAAACAUGAAGUGGAAUCCAUGUGGCAAGAAUUGAUCGUUCUUUGUACGCAGAUUCGAGCCGGUCAUUUGACUGCCGACACUGUGUUGUCUCUGUACAAAUUUAUUGCUUUAUUGACUGUUUUCAUUUUGACAAUAGUUAUUUCAUGGGAGGUGAUUCAAAGCAGUAGAAACAUGCAGUAA